UCUGUGUGUGGUCUUCAAAAACGGGCCGGGCUUACAGAAGCAGCGACUGACGUGGUCACAACUGGGUCUUUGCCUUUGAAAUGCAACCUUGAGGGUACCAUUCGUCUACCUGCUUUUUCAAUGGAUGGAGACUUUAUUAUUGGGGGUGCAUUUUCCAUCAAUUACAAAGAGAACACCAAGAUUUACAAUUACACCUCUAUGCCUCAGCCUCCCAGCUGCACGAGGAGCAUUAACAGUCGUGAACUGCAAUUCUCGCGCGCAAUGGUUUUUGCCAUCGAGGAGAUAAACAGCAACACAGAGCUGCUGCCAGGCAUCAAACUCGGAUAUCAGAUCUUUGACACGUGCGCCUCUGUGCCGGUGGCUGUGCAUGUGAUGUUCCAACUAGCAAACGGCCGGGACCCGGUGUUUUACAAAGGCAGCAAUUGUUCACAAUCGGGUGUGGUGAUGGCUGUUGUCGGGGAGUCUGGAUCAACACCAUCCAUCAGCAUGUCGCGCAUCAUCGGGUCCUUCGACGUCCCUCUGGUCAGCCACUUUGCCACUUGUGCCUGUCUGUCAGAUAAGCAGCAGUUCCCAACUUUCUUCAGAACAAUUCCCAGUGACCAGUUCCAGGCUGAUGCACUGGCCAAGCUGGUGAAACACUUUGGCUGGACUUGGAUAGGAGCUGUCCGCUCUGACUCAGAUUAUGGGAAUAACGGCAUGGCGUCUUUUCUUGACGCAGCACAGAGAGAGGGAAUCUGUGUGGAGUACUCCGUAUCCUUUUAUCGAACGGACACUCGCAGCAAGAUCCAGAGAGUAGCCGAUGUUAUUCGCAGGUCAACUGCAACAGCCAUUGUAGCAUUUGUAGCAUCUGGAGACAUGAAGUUUCUGUUAGAGGAGCUGGCCCGGGACCCCCCACCGCCUCGUCAGUGGAUAGGAAGUGAGUCUUGGGUGACUGAACCAGGCUAUUUAGGCUACAGUUUCUGUGCAGGAGCCAUUGGAGUUGGAAUUCAACAAUCUGUCAUCCCAGGUCUGAGAGAAUUCCUACUGGAUCUUUCUCCCAGUAAAGUAGCCUCCUCCUCAGUGCUGACUGAGUUCUGGGAGGAUGCAUUCAACUGCACGCUGACUAAAAGUGUUGAAUCAUCAAAAAAAUUGUGUGAAGGAAAUGAAGAUAUAAAGACACUCAAAAUCCCGUACACGGAAACGUCUAAAUUUAGAGUCACUAACAUGGUGUACAAGGCUGUGUAUGCCAUAGCUCAUGCCAUUCACAAUGCAGCAUGUCAAAAAACUAAUGUCACCACUCAGUGUAAGACAGAAACCAGCCUAAAGUUGGAGCAGGUUGUUGCAAAACUUAGAGAAGUCAACAUUUCCCAAAAUAAUUAUUCUGUUUCAUUUGAUGCUAACGGAGAUCCUGUAGCUUUUUAUGAGCUGGUCAACUGGCAGAAGAGUGAGAGUGGAGUUAUUGAGCUGGUAACAGUAGGGUACUAUGAUGCAUCACUGCCUAAAGGACAGGAGUUUCACAUCAACAGGAGAAUAACCUGGAUGGGGGGUGGAAAAGAAGUCCCAGUAUCAGUGUGCUCUGACAGUUGUCCUCCAGGAACUCUAAAAGUCCUGCAGAAAGGAAAACCCAUCUGCUGCUAUGAUUGUAUACCAUGUCCUGAAGGAGAGAUUAGUAACACAACAGAUUCCCUCGAUUGCGUCCCGUGUCCCACUGACUUUUGGCCUAACAUUGAAAGAGACGCUUGCUUCCCCAAACCUGUGGAGUUUCUUUCCUAUGAUGAAGUCCUGGCAAUCAUCCUGGCUGCAUUCUCUGUUAGUGGGGCCUGUCUGGCCAUCAUAACAGCAGCUAUUUUCUUUCAUCACAGAACAACUCCAAUUGUCAGAGCCAACAACUCUGAGCUGAGCUUCCUGCUGCUCUUCUCUCUGACUCUGUGUUUCUUAUGUUCAUUAACUUUCAUCGGAGCUCCCUCUGAUUGGUCCUGCAUGCUGCGACACACAGCGUUUGGCAUCACCUUUGUUCUCUGUAUCUCCUGUGUUCUUGGCAAAACUGUAGUGGUUUUAAUGGCCUUUAAAGCUACACUUCCAGGUAGUAAUGUCAUGAAAUGGUUUGGGCCUCCACAGCAAAGAAUGACUGUGGUGUUUUUCACAUUUAUUCAAAUUAUAAUCUGUACUGUGUGGUUGUUACUCAGCCCUCCAUUCCCAAUGAAGAAUCUGAGCACAUACAAGGAGAAGAUCAUCCUGGAAUGUGCAUUAGGUUCUGCUGUUGGGUUCUGGGCUGUGCUCGGGUACAUUGGCCUGCUGGCUGUUUUCUGCUUUGUGUUAGCUGUUCUAGCUCGGAAACUACCUGAUAAUUUUAAUGAAGCCAAGCUGAUAACCUUCAGCAUGCUGAUAUUCUGUGCAGUGUGGCUCACCUUCAUCCCAGCAUAUGUCAGCUCUCCUGGAAAAUUUACUGUAGCUGUGGAGAUAUUUGCUAUUCUGGCCUCCAGUUUUGGACUGAUUCUGUGUAUAUUUGCUCCAAAGUGUUUCAUCAUCUUAUUUCAACCUGAGAAGAACUCUAAGAAAUAUGUAAUGAACAAAAAGUAAAAGUAACAUAAGUUUCAAAAUUAGAUGAACCUGCCGUAGACCAUACUAUUAUCAUUAAUUGAUUAACGUUCUGUAACACCCCAAAUGUUAACAAUAAAAAAAUAUUUUUAGGAAACAUUUCAUACAUGUUAUUCAAAAUGCAUUAAACCAGUAAUGUUUUAA